AUGGAAAUGCAGCUUCAGACGCUUCAGGCGUCCAUGAUGGAGGUUAGACGAACUUUGAAUCUGCCACAGCUCGUUCCUGUCCAGACUUAUCACAAUGAGCCGGCCGGCAUGUCCCAGAGCCCCGUCAAUCUGGCGGGAUCACAAAGCAGUCCUGGCACCGGCCCGUCACCCGUUCGACCUCCAGACGUCACAGCAAUGACGAGAGAAAACUCACCGGAGCAAACGGCACAAGACAAUGGCGAAGACCAGGCCAUAGUUAGUGCACCAAUGGCAAGUCUCUUCGAGGUGACGAAGUUGCGCAACAUCCGAAGCGAUCCGGGAGCCCGGGUCCACCUUCCAUCAAGCCGGGCCCAAGAGCCCGACUUCAUCGCACAGGGCAAGUUUAGCGUCCAGGAGGCGGAGCAGCUCUUCUCCACCUUUCGCGGGACGCUCAACGCGUACCUAUGGGGAGGCAUCGCGCUGGUUCACGACAACCUCACAGCUACGCGCAUGUCUUCGCCCCUCCUCACGGCUGCUAUCCUUGCCUUUUGUGCCAAGGCUCUGAACAAGGGACCGCAGCAUGUCGAGAAAGCAAGGCUAUGGUACCUGCUCUACGUGUGCGACCAUCACUUCAGCAUCGCGUAUGGAAGACCUCCAGUCAUAAACGAGGAUGCAACCAUUACACAUCAUGAAGCUUUCCUCAUGUUGCCGGGCAUCACGCAAGCGGACCACCGUCUGCACAGUCAGGUUGGUGUCUUUAUCAUUUUGAGUCGGGUUUUCCACACGUUCGGUCCGGACACAUCGAGGCAAGUUGCCAGAGAUGAAUUUGAAGCACUGAAAAGGUACGAUGCCGACCUCGGUCGAUGGAAGCUCCAAUGGGAAACUCGGUUAGUGCCGGACAAGCACAUAGCAAAGUACCCCGCCAAGGGCGUCAUUCUUCAUUAUCACUUUGCCCGUCUCUUACUGUUUUCCAUCUGCCUCCGAGGGCUCAACCCUUCGAAUCCAUCAGAUCAAUACGCAAUGUCUGAUGAACGCCGGGAGUUCAUCAACCUCGCCAUCGCAAGCGCGUCUGCCGCUUUGGAGCUAAUCUUGACAGACACCGAUAUGCGCAGGGCAGUGAUCGGGGUACCCUUGUACCUCCUGACCACCAUUGCGUACGCUGCCAUGUUCCUCAUGAAGGUUCACGCGCAGUGGAAGCCUGCACGGCUAGACAUACGCUACGACGAUGUUGUUAACCUCAUUGAGCGUGUCGUUCAGCUACUGGAGGAAACGAAUCGUUGUGCCCGUCACGUGGCGCACUACAUUGGGCGCGGUCUCAGCAACAUGCUUGAUAAGUUCAAAGAACGAGGUCCUCAGGAGAGGCAGUACAUCGUCGGCGGCCAGCCCGGCCAAGCCGCUCAAUCUGGCCAGCCGAUUCCUCAGGUCUGGAAUGAGGGCGAGAUGGGUCAGGAUUGGAACCAAUGGAUGUUCAGCGGAGACAUGAUGAACAAUUAUGGAAUGGGCCCUGAGCAAUACCCGCUCAACAUGCUAGAUUUGCUGAACUCGCAGAUGCCCGGCUGA